AUGUCUACGAAGCCGCUUUGGUACCGGUGGGCCCGGGUCUACUUUGCUGGGGGGUGCAUUAUCGGCACUGGUGUGCUCCUCUACAUUUACACCACCCCUACUGACGAGGAGCUCAUUUCCCGGUUCCUGCCCGAAGUGAGAGCCGAGUACGAAAAGAGCCGUGGCCUCCGCCAGAAGGAACAGCAGGCGUUGAUGGACAUUGUCAAGAAAACGUCAAAGUCCGAUGACCCGAUUUGGAAGACUGGGCCCAUUGGCUCGCCCCUCGAACGUGACCAACGUAACUUGAAUAUUAAGCUUGUCGACGACGAGAUGUUCGGCAAUAAGACGACGGAACAAGUCGGCGAGAUUAACGAAAGAUUACAGGACCAGUUGGACGAGAUCUCUAAAGUUGAGAAGCAGCAGAAGGUGAAGCUGUGGUGGAACAAGUGGUUUUAA